GCGGCGCCGGGGGCGCCGGGCAGCGGAGGCCGCCGCCUCCCUGGGUCAGCCGGGGCGGCCGCCUCGGCCAUGCCGCUGCUCGUGGACGGGCGGCGAGUGCGGCUGCCGCAGUCGGCGGCGGAGCUGGUCCGAGCCCACCCGUGUCUGGAGGAAAGAGCCAGACUUCUCAGAGGUCAGUCUGUUCAACAAGUGGGACCCCAGGGCCUUCUGUAUGUUCAGCAAAGAGAGCUUGCAGUCACCUCCCCAAAGGAUGGCUCCGUCUCCAUUCUGGGUUCUGAUGAUGCCACCACUUGUCACAUUGUGGUCCUGAGGCACACAGGUAACGGGGCCACCUGCCUGACGCACUGUGAUGGGUCGGACACCAAGGCCGAGGUGCUGCUGAUCAUGAACGCCAUCAAGUCCUUCUCCGACCACGCGCAGUGUGGAAGGCUGGAGGUGCACCUCGUGGGAGGCUUCAGUGACGACAGGCAGUUGUCCCAGAAACUGACCCACCAGCUGCUUAGUGAAUUUGACAAGCAAGAAGAGGACAUUCACCUAGCAACGCUGUGCGUGACAGAAUUAAAUGACCGGGAAGAAAACGAAAACCAUUUCCCAAUCAUUUACGGCAUUGCUGUCAACAUUAAGACCGCCGAGAUCUACAGAGCCUCCUUUCGAGAUCGAGGCCCAGAGGCGGAGCUGCGGGCUGCCAGGGCGUUAGCAGGAGGCCCGAUGAUCAGCAUCUACGAUGCACACACACAGCUGCUGCGGAUAGGCCCGUAUUCCUGGACGCCAUUUCCACACGUGGACUUCUGGCUGCAACAAGAUGACCAGCACAUACUAGAGAACCUUUCUACUUCCCCUCUGGCUGAGCCCCCACACUUCGUUGAACACAUCAGGUCUACCUUACUGUUCUUAAAGAAGAACCCCUCUCCCAUGAACACGCUGUUUCCUGGAAAUCAAGCUCUCCUCUACAAAAAGAAUAAAGACGGCCUAUGGGAAAAGAUUUCUUCUCCCAGAAGCUGCAAAUAGGAAUUACCAAAGAAAGCAACUUUUUGGCAUGGCAAAGACUAUCGAUGGGGUUUGGAAUCGGUAGGAAUUUGCAAUCCAGUAGUGUUAGGUCAUCAUUCUUACUCAGUCUUAUACGUAAUUUUCAAAAUAAAAUCUUAUUUUGGCAAA